AUGCCUAUUUUACAAGUCUUCUGCAGAGAUAACCCUCGGCGUACUCUGGUUCUAGCCACUACUGACAACGCUUUGGUCUUUAAAGCCAUCGCAGCAGAAGUGGACCACAGUACAGGAAACAACGAACGAGACACGAUCCAUUGCUUGGUUGAAUUUUCCAGUUUGUCUUCCGUGGACUUAACAGGUUACCGCUGUCUAUGCGAUGGGCACGGUACGCUUGGGUUAAUCGCUCUGGACGGAGAUGUAUUCUUAUGUGUGGUGACUGGCGCCUCUAAGGCCGGAACAGUGAGGCCUGGCGAAGCUGUAUGGCGAAUCGACAAUGUGCACUUCUUUUGUCUCAAUCAUUCAAGCUACGAAGAUGGUCUUAAUUAUGAGUCCGAGUCCGAGUUUGCCGCUGAAGAACUCAACCGGGGUGAGAAUAAAGAAAUUGUCACUGAUCACCCAUUCUUAGCGUUGAAGAAGCUCUUGAGUGAUGGCAGUUUCUACUAUAGUCUAGAUUUCGAUCUCACCGAUCGGCUGCAGGACCGCUCCGACAAAGCUGAUGCGUUCGACAUGGGCUCUUUAGAUGAGGACAUGCUGUGGAACUCAUACAUGAUUAACCCUCUUCUUCUCCUCAGAAGCCGCUUGUCUCCCCUUGAGAAAAUGCACCUCGACAUGUCUCGAAUGUUGACAUAUGUAAUACGAGGAUUCUGUAGCACUUUGACCAUUCCCACUUCUAGGCCGAUAGUUCCGCAAGCACCAACGCACUUGCCAUCAACGUUGACUGUUAUAUCACGCCAAUCAUCUCGACGGGCAGGUACGAGGUUCAAUUCCAGGGGCAUUGACGAUGACGGAAACGUUGCAAAUUUUGUGGAAACGGAAACUGUUUUCUGGAUUUCUCCCGGCCUCACUUUCUCAUAUGUCCAGAUUCGUGGUUCUGUGCCCAUUUUUUGGGAACAAGCACCUGGCUUCUUCCCUGGCCAGCAGAAGAUUGAGGUAAUCAGGUCGCGCGAGGCAACCAAACACGCCUUUGACAAACACUUCGAAAGUCUUGAAUCACGAUACGGCGCUGUACAUAUCGUUAAUCUCCUGAGCGCUUUGAAACCCGGAGAAGUCGAGCUUACAACGAGGUUUCAUGAAUUGGUCAGCAGAAGUCCACUUAACCAGAAGGCUAACGCUCAUGCCUCCUCCAACCAUAUGUUACUUGAAAUGACGGGAUUUGAUUUUCAUGCGGAGGCCCGCGGUCCUCUAGGUUAUGGAGCUAGCGAUCAAAUCAAGGACGUUAUUUUGCAUUCUGUGGAUGGAUUUGGAUACUUCUUGUCAGAGACCACUCCCUAUGGUAACGAAGCAAAAGCCUCGUCCGUCGUUCUGCAACAAGAAGGCAUUUUUCGGACAAAUUGUCUAGAUUGCCUUGACAGAACCAACCUUGUACAGACGAUCAUUAGCAUGAUGGCCCUUGAAUCAUUUUUUCAUCAACAGGGAGCUCACAUUGAUCCCGAACUUCGGCUCAUACACUCAACCCUUUGGGCUGACAACGGGGAUGCUCUGUCGCGAAUCUACGCUGGUACUGGUGCGCUGAAAAGCUCGUUCACUCGACAUGGAAGAAUGUCUCUCGCCGGUGCCCUUGCAGAUGCACGCAAAACCGCCACACGGCUAUACGUGAACAACUUCUCCGACAAAGCCCGGCAAAGGACAAUAGAUUUACUACUAGGACGUCUAACAAACCAAGCCCCAGUACAGCUCUUCGAUCCGAUAAAUGAUAUAGUCUCCGAGAAACUGGCUCAGCGAGCCUCCGAAUAUUCUUACAAGAAAUCGGUCCUGAUCUGGACCGGAACGUUUAACGUGAAUGGACGCCAUGAGGGCCCUGAUAAUGAUUUGACACCCUGGCUUUUUCCUCUCCCCGAUCAGCGGAGCGAGGAUCCAAGCAUAUUUGCCGUUGGUUUUCAAGAAAUUGUUGCACUAAAUCCACAACAAAUCAUGUCGACCGACCCAACUCCUCGCAAAGGGUGGGAAGCAGCUGUCAGAAAUUGUCUCAACAAUCGUGCAGGGAAGAUGGGGAGUACAAAGUACGUUCUUUUGCGGAGUGGCCAGCUGGUCGGAGCAGCUCUUAUGAUAUUUGUGAAAGAAGAUAUACUCAGAGACAUAAAGAAUGUUGAAGGCAGUGUCAGGAAAACAGGUCUCUCAGGGAUCAGCGGUAACAAAGGAGGCUGUGCUAUCCGCUUUGAAUAUUCAAAGACUCGAAUAUGCUUCGUGACUGCUCACCUUGCAGCUGGAUUCGCGAACUAUGAAGAGAGAAAUAGGGACUAUGAGACUAUCUGUCGAGGUCUUAGGUUCCAGAAAAACAGAACGAUUGACGACCAUGACACUAUCAUUUGGCUUGGUGAUUUCAACUACCGAAUAGGUCUCAGCAAUCAGAUCGUCAGAGAUCUGUCAACGCAACGCAACUACCAGAAGUUGCACGACAAUGAUCAGCUAAACCUGCAAAUGAUGGCGGGCAAUGUGUUCCAGUUCUACAGCGAGGGGCUCAUUACAUUUCCACCAACUUAUAAAUAUGACGUUGGCACAAAUUAUUACGACACAUCGGAAAAGUCCCGCAUCCCUGCAUGGUGCGAUAGAAUUCUGUGGAAAGGAUCAAAUAUCCAUCAGCUGCAUUACGACUCUGCCUGUUUACACUGCUCGGAUCAUCGUCCCGUGUGGGCCCUUUUUUCCUGUGACAUUAAUAUUGUUGAUGAUCACCUAAAGGGAAAUAUCAGGAGCAUACUCUAUGCAAAGGAGAUAGGUGAUGCACCCGAGAUAUCGGCAAGGUCGAUGAACCAGGCAAAAAUGCAUAAGCGAGAGUCAGCCGAACUGGACUUUCUCACUCUUACCCUUCCACCUGCCAGCUCAGACGAUCAGAGAUGGUGGUUGGAUAAUGGUACGCCAGUGAAAUCAAUUGUACGGCCGCCUUCAAAUGGAUGGUCACUGAACAUGAAUCGCGAGUCCAACCCAUUUUCUUCAAGUAAUACCACUGAUUGGGUACCUGCAAGAAGAUUAACGGACAGUCAAAAGGUCGUGGUGGAUAACAGAGAUUCCAUCACAUACAAGCCUCCAUUGCCCCCGCGUGGUGGGAAGGGAACCGCGAAUCCAUCCGAUUUGAUUCAAGACACUGACAUGCGAUCUUCCAGAGCAGAUGGGGCCAAAAAAGCACCACCAAUCCCUCGAAAACCUGUUGCUUUAAGUAACGAUCAUAAAGCCUUGUCGGGCCAAGCUGGAUCACAGUCCGGUAUGAAUGUACUGGAGAGCGUUCCGUCGCAGCCGAGUAAUCAACUUGACGUUCCGAGGUUCGAUUUGAAGGGCCAAAUUAGAAAUUCACUUGCUGAACGCAGGGGCCCAGGUUGUCAAGACACUCCAAGCGGUGGAUCCAGGCAAUUUGGUGGAUUUGAGCGUCAUACAGGCAUCACCAAGGACCUACUUGACGGUGAAGUAGAUUCAGAAAUCAAGUGGGAGCCUUUGCUACCAAAAUAA